GAUUCAUGUGUUUAUCAAGUGGAGAACAAGACGUAAUCACACCAGAGAAACCAUCCAUGCUGUGAAGAAGUCUUCCCCAGUUCUAUCUGUGCUUGUCAAAUAACAUCAUGGAGAGCAUUCACAACAACUUACAUCUCUACAACCCGAUCAGAGAGAGGAUCAGAGUGAGUCCAUCCCUCUUUGACUGCAGGGGCCCAGCUCCCCCCUUUGAAGCCCCUCAGAAGCACCAGCAAGGAUUCACUUCUAAUGAGGAGGGUCCAGCUGAAACACCGACGCAGGGUCCAGCAGACAAAUUCAGCCUUGCAGACUUUAAAGAAACCCUCAAAGUGUUAGGAGACUCCUCUGACACUCGCUUGCUGACCGAGUUGUUGAUGUUGUGUUUGGAGUGCCAGGAGUUCACGAGCAUGGGCAACCAACAAGGCAUGAAGAUGAAUCCAAACUUCUCGUUAGCUGAGACUUUGGAUACUUUGAGGAAAUCUCCCAGGAUGCAGAUCCCUCAGAAAAGAAGAAGAAGACUGAACGGUCAAGAUUACAAUGAAACUUAUCAGCAAAACCUCAAGAUGGCAUCCUGUACUUCAAGGGGUCCGAGAAGGCUGACGAAGCUUCGAACGAUGAGUUCUCCUACUUUUGAGGAGAGGGAUUCAAAGGAGGACAGGUCGAUCUUCUACACUCCUGCUUCAAGACGAAGGAGAGUUCUGGAAAAAGAGAGAGUUUCACUGGUGAGGGAUAAGAAUUGGGAUCCAGAGGAGGUAAAACCAGCAUGGAGAGUAAAGCUGCCGAAGACGGGUGUUCACUCUUCCAGAAAGGAUGUCCGACAGACGGAUGACUGUGCUCUCUCUGAGUCUGAUACAGAUCUCUCUGAAUAUGACAAUGAUAUGUACUCAACGUACACCUCCCCUACUAGUUUUGAUUUGACUAGGAAGAUGGAAGACAACACCAGGAGAUCUCAGAAAGAACAGAUCAACCAGGAAGAAGGAGACAAGUAUGACGACGACGAGAACUCCCCUCAAUGGAAGUAUAAGAAGAUGGCGAAGGAGGCCGCAGCGAAGAGAGUGAUCGGCAAGAUAGAGGAGGUAGAAGGGAUCAUACGUCGGGUGAGGCACACCAGUUCGGACUGGAUCAAAGAUGGUGGCAAUGAGCGAAACAAAGCUGAAUUUGAUUCCCUGCUGCAGAAACAGAACAACGAGUGCUCUGAAGACGACCCUGUGAUGGUUGAGGAGCUUCAGGCACUGGGUGAAGCCUUGAGCCAGAGUCUGCGAGAAGUCCUGAAGAUGGAGGGAACAAAAGGAGACACCAAGAAGAACAUUCAGAAGACAAAUCAAGGAUCAACAAGAAGAUAUCCAAACCUAUCACCACAACACAAGAACAAUUCUGCUUCGACUUCAUUCUUAACAGGUGGAGAGACUUCCCCUGUUACCACUCAGUCUCCGCCGUCAAUCCAGGAUGUUCAACCGAGAACAUUUCCCAGUUAUGAAGGCAUAUCUCCACUCCUGUCACCGCUGUUCAUGUCAAGCCAGCCCUGUCUUCCUCGCCAGACCCAGCAGCAUGACAAUGACAUCUUUGGGAGCCCCAAAGAAUGGAUGAGCUCAAGUGAUGAAGAUGAAACCCCUCAGGGGUCAGGAGGCCGUGCAGGAGACGAGGCAGAGUCUUACGGGAGGGAAAAUGACCAGAAGAACAACAAGAAGAGGGAGGAGAACCAGGCACAGACGUACAGAUGCAGCAGCCAGACUGAGGCAUGUCCGGAUCUGCUGUCGUCAGACGAGGCUCUGCAGAGGCAGGAGGAGCUCUGGCAGCAGGAGGUGGAGGAGUCUCUCUCAUUCUGCAGCUCCCUUUCUCAUCCGUCCAGACCCAAACUCAUUGACUUCCUACGCAUCACUCCCCUUGAAGAUGACAUCAUUGAUACACCAACAACCACACCUUUACCAGAGGAGUUUAAGUCUGACGCGUCCGCCCAAGGAGAAGGCGAAGAACGAACUCCCGGUCGUCUCCAAGCCGUCUGGCCGCCACUCAAGGAGGAAAAAGUUGGACUGAAGUACACAGAAGCAGAGCACCAGGCUGCUCUGCUGCAGCUGAAGAGAGAAUGUAAAGAGGAGCUGGAGAAGCUACAGGGGGACUGUGGUCUGGAACUCCAGAAGCGCAAGGAGGAGAAUGAGAAGCGGGUGUCCCACCUGGAGCUCAGUCUGUCCGAGCUGCAGGCUGAACUCGCUCAGGUCGGGAGUCGCCGUCGUGGUGAACUUAAAGAUGCAGCUGUUUCAACAGGAGACGACUUCAUUCAUAAGUCUUUCCGCACAGUCUGCGUCCAGACCGACAGAGAGACGUUCGUGAAGACGUCUGAGGAUGGAGAGGGGGCAGGGAGAGUCUGCUUGAGCCCUCAGCCGCAGAGGGUCAACCCCAAAAAGCUGGACCUGGCUUCUAUCAGCCUCAGCUUGGCCGGGCAGAAGGAUAGUGCUGUGUCUUCCUCAGCACCUGACCUUCUUCUUCCUCCUCCUCCUCCUCCACCUCCACUUCCUCCAUCAGAACAACACCCUGCUGUUUCUCAGACAACACUACCAACCAAAGCAGGCGGUCCUCCUCCUCCACCUCCUCCUCCUCCUCCUCCUCCCCCUCCACCAUGUCCGUCUUCAACUCAAAACCACAUGCAGACGUCGAACAUUCCUCCUCCUCCACCACCUCCUCCUCCUCCAUCCAUGCCAGGCUUCGCUCCUCCUCCACCACCUCCUCCAGGUGGAGGACUCAUGGUUGAUAAACCUCCCAGGAAGCCAGCAGUGGAGCCCUCCCAACCCAUGAGGCCUCUGUACUGGACUAGAAUCCAGAUCCAGGACAACAAUAACAACACACUGUGGAACGUUCUGGAAGAACCAAACAUCAACACCAGUGAGUUUGAGGAUCUCUUUGCCAAAACCACCAAACAGCCCAAGAGGAAGCCGCUGUCUGAGGCUUAUGAGAAGAGAGCUAAAGCCCGGAAGAUCAUUAAGCUGUUGGAAGGAAAGCGCUCUCAGGCUGUCGGCAUCCUCAUUUCCAGCCUCCACCUGGAGAUGAAAGACAUCCAAUUAGCCAUACUGACAGUGGAUCAUUCGGUGGUGGACUUGGAGACUAUUGAAGCGCUGUAUGAAAAUAGAGCGCAGCCCGAGGAGCUGGAGAGAAUCCAGAAGCACUACGAGACGUCAGAGGAAGAGGAGGUCAAACUGCUGGACAAACCUGAACAGUUCCUGUAUGAGCUGUCUCAGAUCCCAGACUUUGCAGGACGAGCUCACUGCAUCAUCUUCCAGUCGGCCUUCAUCGACGGGAUCGCGUCCAUCCAACGCAAGCUCAACACCCUCUCCUCCGUCUGUCAGGCUCUGCUGGAGAGUGACGAAGUGAAGAACGUAGUGGGACUGGUGCUGGCUCUGGGGAACCACAUGAACGGAGGCAGCAGGGUCAGAGGUCAAGCCGACGGCUUCGGCCUGGAGAUUCUUCCCAAACUGAAGGACGUGAAGAGCAGGGACAAUCGCAUCAGCCUGGUGGACUACGUGGUGUCAUACUACCUGAACAACGUGGACAAGAACUCCGGCACGGACAAGAGCACGUUCCCUCUCCCUGAGCCGCAGGACGUCUUCCUGGCAGCGCAGGUCAAGUUUGAAGAACUUGACAGAGACCUGAAACAGCUGGGACGAGACCUGACAAGGUGUGAGAAAGACGUGCAGAAGGUUUGCUCUGAUUCCCCUGAAGAACACCUGCAGCCAUUUAAGGACAAGAUGGAGGCUUUUGUUCUCAGUGCACGAAAAGAACACGGAGAAGCAUCCUAUCAGCUCAUGACUGUGCAUAAAAGUUUUCAGGACCUGGUUCUGUUCUUUGGACUGAGGCCUAAGACGGGAGAGAAGGAGGUGACCACGGGUCACUUCUUCAUGCUCUGGUUUGAGUUUUGUGCCGACUUCAAGGCCAGGUGGAAGAGAGAGAACAAGAACAUCUCCAAAGACAGAUUAAAAGAGGCUCAGCAGUCCGUGAAGAGGAUCACGUCAGAGAAGAAGGUGGAGACUAGAAAGAUCAACCCCAACAGCCUGAAAGAGCGACUGCGAAAGAAAGAAUCCAGCAUGUCUUUAAAUUAAGAGUACCAGGAGGUGCUAAGGUGCUGCAGUCACACAACCGUCUCCAAAAACUGGAUCCCUCUGGAUGUGGACCCUGAUAACCAAACAGAUAUUUAACCGUCUGUCUUCAUUUUAUAUUUUAAGCGUCUUAUGCAUUUCUUCUGUUCACAAACUGACAGCUUUAUGUGAUAUAUUUUACUACCUAAAAGUGUAUGUUAAUUUAAAAGACAGAAUAAAUCUUGUGCAAUAUGUAGACAGAAGAUAUGGCUUACACUGUGUAGAUGUUAAUAGAUUUGUCCUUUACCUUUUUGCAUGAAUUAUGAAACAUGUUAAUCUUUUCAAUAUUUUUUACAACAAAUAAAAUCAUCAAUC